CGACGAACGACACCGCCGACCACUAACCCCCCACCAACAGCGACAAUGGGUGCCCUCAAGUAUGUCGAAGAGCUUCAGAAGAAGAAGCAGUCGGAUAUGAUGCGCUUCUUGUUGCGCGUCCGCUGCUGGGAGCUCCGCCAACUCAAGGUCAUCCACCGUGCCAGCCGUCCCUCGCGCCCCGACAAGGCUCGCCGUCUCGGAUACAAGGCCAAGCAGGGCUACGUUAUCUACCGCGUCCGCGUCCGCCGUGGAGGUCGCAAGAGGCCCGCUCCCAAGGGUGCCACCUACGGCAAGCCCACCAACCAGGGUAUCAACCAGCUCAAGUACCAGCGUUCGCUCAAGUCGACCGCUGAGGAGCGUGUCGGUCGCCGCUGCGCCAACCUCCGUGUCCUCAACUCCUACUGGAUCAACCAGGACUCCACCUACAAGUACUACGAAGUCAUCCUCGUUGACCCCCAGCACAAGGCCAUCCGCCGCGAUCCCCGCAUCAACUGGAUCGUCAACCCCGUCCACAAGCACCGCGAGAGCCGUGGUCUCACCGCCACCGGCAAGAAGAGCCGCGGUCUCGGCAAGGGUCACGGUUACAACAAGACCACCGCUGGCAGGAGGAAGACCUGGAAGAGGCACAACACCCUCUCCCUAUGGCGUUACAGAUAAAUGCGUUGAGGCUGCUCUACGCGUGGCGAAUCUUGCAAUCCAUAUUCUCGGGUGGGUGGAAAGGCGUGAAUGGAAAUGGCUGUUCAAAGCUAUAUAGGCUUGCUGUUUGGUAGCACUUCAUAUGCUUCCCAAGGCACUAUCAAAAAAUCAUAUGCGAUGGGGAUCAUCUCACGGUUCCAAUGAAUUCAUGACUCUUUUAAUCUUGUCUGCACGUGAGAUUGCUCGUGUUUUUUAUUCUCAAUACAUGUACAUACGUAUAUAUAUCUAUCUUGUCUUAUAAUGCCGCAUGCCCUUGUAAAUUCAUAUUGGCCUGGCAGACAUGCAGUGCGCACCGACAAUUCAUUUGCGAACUAAACGCUCCAU